UUUUUCUCCUUCUCUCUCUUUCUAGCUUUCUCGAAAAGAAAAAUUUGAAAGAAAAAGAAAAAAAAGGAGAGAUGGAACCAGACGAUACCCCUCACCACCACCAUCACCACCACCACCACCACCACUCUCUCACUCCAUCUUACUACUCCACCUCAGCACAACCCACCGGCAACAAUCCCAACGCCGGCGGCGGGCCUGCUUCCUCAUCCGCCGGUGCAAUUACUCAUUCUCCGACCAAUGGUCUCCUGCCUCCCCCGCCAAACAGCAGCGGUGGCUCCGACUCGGCCUCCGCUCAUCACAUGGUCUACCCUCACUCCGUAGGCCCCUCCUCGGCCGCAGUGUCUCAGGCGCCGGUCGAUCCGGUCAGGAGGAAGAGGGGCAGGCCGAGGAAGUACGGGACUCCCGAGCAAGCUUUGGCGGCCAAGAGGACGGCGGCGGCUUCCUCUGCUUCCAGUGCUAGGGAGAAGAGGGAGAGCGGCGGUUCUGCUUCGUAUCCUGGCUUCUCGAAGAAGUCCCACCACCACUUGGGUACUCCCGGUAGAAUCUGGGGUAACACGGGAGUCGGUUUUACUCCACAUAUAAUUUCUGUAGCUGCCGGCGAGGAUGUUGCCCUCAAAAUUAACAUGUUCAUGCAACAAAGUAAGAGUGAGACGUGCAUUUUGUCUGCAUCUGGUGUAAUCGCUAGUGCAUCGAUUCGCCAGCCAGCGACACAAGGAGGCAACAUCACUUAUCAGGGUCGGUUCGAGAUCAUCUCACUGGGUGGAUCUUACAUAAGGUCUGAAACUGGAGGUAGAACUGGUGGGCUUAGUGUGUGUCUGUCUAGAACCGAUGGUCAUAUUAUUGGGGGAGGACUUUGUGGACCUCUAAUUGCCGCGGGCAAUGUUCAGGUGAUUGUAGGAACAUUCACCCUUGAUAACAAGAAAGAUGGUGGUGGUACUAGUAGUAUGAGACCAAUAGAUGCUGCUUCUACUGUUGGUAAGUUGCCAUCCCCGGUUGGUGGGGGACCAUCCUUAUCUGGUAUGAGCUUCCCUUCCCCAGUUGAAUCUACUGGGAGGAAUCCAGUCCGUGAGAAUGAUGACAACCAUCAAAACAUGGGAGGAGGCGCACCUUUCAUGAUUCACAACAGGGCGCCGAGUAUGCACCACAUGGCAUUGGAUUGGAGGAGUGGCCCGGAUCCUAGGGCUGGCAGCACUGGUUAUGACUUGACAGGAAGAACAGGAGGUCUUGGAGGGCACCGGUCGCCUGAAAAUGGCGACUAUGAUCAAGUUCCAGAUUAGGUUUUUGAGGAAGUUGUGCUUCUUUUCUGACUGCUGCCCUUUCUGCUGUCUUCGUCCUCUUCUUUCAUCUUUCUUUUCUCCUUAUAUAGGUACUCUGACAUGCGAAAGCACAUGUACAACCUUUUGAAUCCUUUGAGGAACCCCCAAAUCUACCAUUUCUAGAGAAGAAAGUUACAAUGCUUUAUCUUGAGAAACAAAUAUUGGCACUUUAUUGCUCAAUUUUGAUCCUCUCAUGUUAUUCCUAAAUGUGUACAGAAGCGUACCCCAGGGCAUAUGAAACAUAGCAUACUGUAGCGCACACCUGAUGUUUGAUGAAAUAUCAAGGUGGAGUCUUUCUUUCACAGAUGUGUCAAUACGAUAGAAACUCUGGUCAGAGGAAUGCGUCGAACUGGUCGAAGAUCUAAGCCGGAGCAGUCAAGCAGCUGGGGCUAUUGGCCGUGAAGGCUAGCUGGAGGAGUAGCAACAGCGGCAAGCUUCUUUGCAAGGUGCAAGAGUCGCAAAAUGAGGCCGACGCACGCC